AUGCUCAAAAUACAUGCAACGUCUAUCUUUAAAGUUUAGCUAAAUAUGACAUACUUGUGUUUGAAUCUAACAUUCAAAAUUUUAGGACAACAGUUCAUUUAUUCACGUUGUUUGGACAGCUAGAGAAGUAGUUUUAAGUGUCAUGGAUAAAUGGUGCAACGGAGUGUGCAUUUUUAAAGUAAUGAUUUUGGCUAAUUAUAGAAAGUCUGCAGGAGACCCACAUGUAGGCUCAGUGGUUUAAUAGGUCUCAAUGAUUUCCUUCAUCCAGGUUGCCUCUGCUAUGUCAGGUUCUGGCCAGGAUAUCAAUCCUGCAAUCAGUGGAGGUAGUCAAGAUACGCAAAGUGAAGUGUUGGAUGAUAAAGUUCCUGUCGAAGUUGAUCGACUAGAAACUGACUCUGUAAUCACUGACAAAGACCAUGGAAACGGUGUUCAACAAGAAACUGAUAUAGUCAACAAUGAUGACACACAAAACCUGAAGACUAAGAGUACAAAGCAAACUGAAGAGGACGGGAAAGAACGUGUUGAUAAUACUUCUGUUCAUGACGUGGAUACACCAAGCAAUGACGAAUCAGAUUAUGAUGGUAACUUUGAAGUAACUUAUGAAGAAUCUGUUAAUACAAAUAAUAGUGACGGCUUCAUUGAGAAUCCUAAGCACGAGAAGUCUGAGGUAGAAGAGGAAACUAGUAAGCUGGUAACGGGUAUUGAAGCUGAAAGUGUUUUUAGUGGAAUCGAUGUGCGGAUAGUUGUCACUUCAGCAAGUGAUUUAGAAGACAGCUCUGCUGUUGUAUCUAGUGUUGAUUGUUCGAGUUCAUCUGACGAACCUGACGGUUUAUCUAAUAAAAACGCCGAAGGAAUCUUAGAAUGCACUUCUUACGAAGAGGUUGAAGAUUCGGGAAUAAACAGCGUUGAUGCAUCUGAGCUAAUUGUCACAGAAAGUGUUCAAACUACAGAAAAUACGAGAUCAACUGAUGACGAGUUAGAAGAUGCAUUAAUUAAAGACACUUCAAUUAACAACAAUGAUUUUGAUACAGUUGGACUAGAUCACGAAAUAGUAGGAUCAUAUGGGGCCAACCCAGAAUAUAAUUCAGUGACUGAGCAGUUCAAUGAUAACCCAAAAUUGCAAAAUGAAGAGAUAUCUAAAAGAGAAAACGGCGAGAAAAACGAGCCUGAAGAGGAAAUAGUUGAAAAAGCGACACACGAACUUACAACCGUUAGUUUGAUCAUUCACGAAAACAGCGAUUUAUCGACGGCCUAUUGUGACUCAGACCUUGAAGACAUUGAAAGGGCGAAGGAAGCCUUCAUUACUUGUAUCAAAGAGAAAAGAGAGUUGAGGGAUAAAAGUAAAUCCCGUGAUAUCGACACUGUGUGUACUUUUAAUGAACUGGAUAUUCAUGAGGAUACUAGUGUUAAGGUAACACGGGAUCUUUCUGCUAAAUGUGCAGGAACUCAGAUAAACUUUGAAAAAAUCAAAACCGCAGAAGAACAAUUUGAAACCUUCGACCACAAAGAGACUCCCGAUAGUAAAGAGACGAUAGGAAACUGUGGUAAUACAAGAGAAUCUGGCAACGUAACUCCAACGUGUAACAGUUUUACCAACAGUACUGUCGAGCCCGAGUCCCGGGUUAACUGCCUGGCGAUGCCCGAGGGUCGUGAAGGAGACGGGUGUGUAUCCCCCUCCCUUACACACGCUUGCUGCAGAUACCGCUGGGAAAGGACUAUCUUCACCCAGGCUACCAGCGUCGUCUUUGUCACACUCAACAACAAGGAUAUCGAACCGAUCAAGCUAAGCUGGUCGGAGGGUUCCCGCUGUUUCUACUCGGACGAGGUAAAAGUCCCUGUGGGCGGAUACGUCGGCAACCUGGUGAUUGAUGGCACGUUUUACCCGGUGGAAGACGUCAACGUGAAGCACUACACAUUUGAGGUGGACCUCUACCUCAAAGACGACAUCCUGGAAGAUGAGGGGCGUUCUACAGGAGUUGCGAAGGCGGAACAGUUUGUGAGAGACCAGCAGCAUAACGAGAACCAGGAGACCAACACCGCAGGCAAGGAAGUCACAUAUACCCCUACCAGGGCCAGCAGGAGUUUUACACAUCCUCAAACCAGGGCAGGUAUGGAUACAGGGAAUGGUGACAAUGUGCUAAGCCGGGAGGAGAGUGAGAGUAGCAUUCAUUUGUCUAACAAGUACGAGGACCUUGUUCGAAACCAGCUGACCAGCAGCAAAGGUGCCAUGUCUGGAAAUGAGUCUGAGUCUGAGCUGAGCCAAAGGCUGAAGACGGAUUUCCCGGACUUGAAUGGUAGAGGAACGCCAGUAGGGGAAGAUAGCGUCAAGCAGUACCAGGAUGGGGAUGACACCCUAUUGAAGUCCAUGGACAUGGGACAUGUGUAUAGAUCUGAAAAUGGACUUAACGGAAAUAGCGAAUCAUUUAAGAACUCAUUGUUAGAUGAUUAUCUUGAGAAACGCAGCGUUCAGUCAAAUGACUCACUUGGACGUGGUGGCAAAUCUUCCCCAGUUGUGAUAGACGAUGUGUUAGGCACUGGACAUUCUAGAACACCAAUAUACAGCACAGAGAGCCCAGUUGUUUCCAGGCACAACUCGGCUCACAGUUCUGCUAGGCAUACACCCCUGGACAACAUUGAUCGUCCAGCAUCAGUCAACUCCUUGCAUUCCAAACAUAGCUCAGCACGUCAGACACCAGUGCUCUCUGAUGAUGUGGGGAGACCAGACUCUAGUGCCUCCCAGCCAUCCCGCCACAGCUCUGUCCUAGGCUCUGCCAGACAAACACCCACCGAGGGCCGGGAGCAUGGCAGACCAGGGUCUGCAGAAGGGUCUGUACAUUCAGGGAAUUCUGUAGGCAGACAUGUGCUUGAUGAGCUUAUUACUGAUGCACUUGGAAGGGAGAACAGGUCUCCAUCUAGAGAGGGAUCAACCAAUGGCAGACCAGAGUCUGUAGGUUCCGCUCAUUCUAAUGACUCAAGCAGACAGAGAAUCAAUGAGCUGAUAAAUGAAGCAUUCGACAGCACUCGCCAGGCCAGGUCAGCAUUAUCAGAGAGUUCCGGAACAGGGUCCCAGAUUGGAUCACAGUCAGGGUCCAGACCCCGCACACCCCAGGAGCAGAUAGGGGACGUACUCAGUGCCGCUGACAGGCAUUCUCCAAUAAGGCGGGAUUACUUGAAUGGUUCUCCAUAUGGCUCAAAUAUGUCUGUUACUAGUGCAAAAUCUGCUCAUGAGUCCUUACUUGGCUCUACCCACAGUACCCCUACCCGUGGAUCAGUUCAAGAGUCAAAACACAGCUCAGUGGCUGGGUCUGCCCCAGGGUCCCAACGACAGACUCCUCAGAGGGAACUGAUCCACUCCACCCUAAAUGCAAGCCAGGAGAAACUGUACCAGUCCACAGAUGUCCGUAAGUUAGUUGGCAGUGAUUAUGCAGGCAGCAAUGCCAGCAACCAGGGCUCCCGACCGCAGAGUGUGACAAGUGAGCAGGAACUCACCCAGUACUAUGAAGGGGUUACGGAAGGGGCAAGACAGGGGUCAAGAACUGCCAGUGCUUCCAGUCUGCCUGUUAUAGGAGCCGCACAGAGGUACACCCCAGACAAGCGCAGUAUGACCCCUGAUGGACAUGUGAGGGUCCCUUUUAAUCCUGUAUCAAAGAGCCCCCUGCUGCCACCCCGUACACCACAGUCUAACACCAGCAGUCGAACAGUCACACCCAUGAAUGGUGAAACAGAAUCAGAGAUGAAUCUCCGUGAGCAAAUCAAAGAUCUGGACAGUUUAAUCCUGAAUCUCCGCAAGCAGCUGAACAACCGAGAGCAGGAAAUGAGUGAAGUACGCAAGCUUCUGGAGGAUUCAAGGGAGACUAAUCAGCAUCUGCAAGGCGAGACUGAUCGACUUAGGGCAAGAGCAUCCCCUGGGCCACAGAUUGGCGAGUUGGAGCGUCGUCUGGUUGAGAUGACAGAGGAUCGUGACAGUCUUACCCAGGAGGUUGCCCGUUUAAAGGAGGAGGCAAAGCUGCGGAAUGAGCCCGGGCUCAACAGAUACAACCCAAACAGCCCAACCACUCUCCAGAGGAAGAUAGAUGAGCUGAAGAGCCAGGUACAGGACCUACAUGAGGCUAAUGAGGCUGCAAUGGAGGAGGUGCGUGCAGGAGAGCGGCGCAUAAAGGAGCUAGCAGCAGAGAAAGAGACACUCCGUGUCACCCAGGACGACCGAACACGUGACCUCCAGGAAGAGGUCAGACACCAGCGGACUGAGCUUACUCGACUCAGAGAGCACAGUUCAACUUACAACGAGGCUUCCGACUACAGAACCAAGAUAGAGCUGCAACAGAUCAAGGAAGAUAACCGCAAUCUAAGGGAGAGAAAUUACCAGCUGCACGAUGACAAUAUCAGGCUCAAGGAAGAGUUGUCUGACCUGAGGAAAUCCCUGGAGCUGGUGGACAGUGCAAGAAAGUCAUACAAGGAUGAGGGGAGGCGAUCUCUCACAAGAAUGGAUGGAUAUGACAAGAAAGAAGACCUCGAGAGAGAGCAGACAAAAAGACGAUCUGACCCGCUAAUAGACAUCAGCUACACGAGGCAGACAAACACUGGCAAACCCCAGUACGAGACCCGCACAGACAUCAAACUUGCAGACCUACCUGCCAGCACAGACAGGCUAUCCAAGUUGGAUGCUUACAGGUAUGAAAGUUACCGCACAGGCCCAGAUGGGAGGUCAGAGGAAAAGUUACGCUCUUCACUGUCUUUGACUCGACCUUUGACCCCGGAGAAGUCUAGGGGUCGUCAUCGCACAAGCUCUGCUGAGCUCGACUUCCGAUCCAUGCCUCUAUCCGCAUACAAUUCUGACAUGUCUAAGACAACCCCGAACCUGAGUGGCCGAUCCAGAGCCAUCUACGACCAGAUAUCAAACAAAAGGUCAGGUUCAAGGUCAAAUAUGGAAGGUCAGGAGGCUACCAUACCUGAACACACUUGUGAGUCAGCUGAUGACUUUAAUACCAAGUCUAUGCAUACUGAUCAUACUAAAAUGCAUCAUGAACUGCAAGAAAAUAAACCUGAAAAUGAGUGUGGUGUCCGUGUGAAACAAACUGAUCAAAUUGCUGAAAGAGUUGGUGAGGGCCAGUCAAAGAGUCAAUCAUCGAAAAUAUUAAUGGCUCAGUACAUCUCUGACUCACAAGACACUACAGAUCCCACUCUUGGUGAGCGAUGUCUUCUGGACAGGGGAGACAAUUUCAGGAGGAAGGAGAACUCCAGGGAGGAAAAGGGAUUUGAUGUCCGCCAAUCGCAGCAGCUCUCUGCAGCCUACCAGGAUGAUGGGAACAUGAGUGACACGCCCACCGACAUUCUUGUCAGUGCUCAGCCAACCGACAAGCUCACUGCAGCCUCGUGGAGACGUCGGCAGAGGCGGGGCUCUGCAGGGUCAGAUGCGUCCAACUCAUCGUUCAGCGAUAUUGACGAGCAAAUCAGUUCUGCAGUGAGAAAGAGGUCCAAGUCUGCUGACGGAAGAGAGAUCCUACGCAGGAUGGGUCCGACUGGUAUGACAUCAGGGGAGAAGACUCUGUCCCGCACAAUCUCCCCGGCCCCUGCAGGUCUGCGUACGGUGACCACACGACCCCUCAUCACCCAGCACAACAAAUCCUCACUCUCACUCUCCACCAGCCUGACCUCCUUGACAUCUGGUCUGCGACCUUUCGCCCCACGUAGCCCUGGAGAUCUGCAAGUCAACGACGUUAUCAAGUUUUCCCGGCAAGGCGGCAAGUUGAGCCAGGGCACCAUCAAGUUCAUUGGGCACUUGCCAGGACGCGGGGACAUCUACCUGGGCGUCGAACUGGACAAAGAAGAUGGAAAACAUGAUGGUGUUUUUGAGGACAUUCGCUAUUUUAAAUGUAAGCCAACCAAGGGUGUAUUUGUGGCGUACAAUAAGGUUGUGAUGGCCUGGACAUCAUACUGACCACUGACCAACCACAUUGACUGUCCAGUAUGGUCAGCAAGCAACACAAGAAAUACUGACCAAACCCACUGACCAAACAUGGUUACCCUGAGCGCUGAUGUGACUGGACUAUAUAUCUUGGUUGUUACACACAUAACACGCAGACAAUGACAGUACCAUUCAGUUUGUAAAUUGAGAAUAGAAAAUGUUUUUGAAUUCCCCAUCUGUGUGUGUUAUAUUCAUCAAUGUACAUGUACUAUUAUCAUAUCCCCCUUUACAGAUGUAAAGGGAUUUUAUGUUCACCUUAUUUACUGUGAUAUUUCCAUGUCAUCUGGCCAUUUAUUUAUUUUGGUCUGUGAUAUGUUUACAUAUGUUUUGCUCAUAAUGUACAUUUUUAUGCCUUAACAUACAUUCAUGAUUUAGUUAUAAGAAUAUUUUUGAUAAAGCUAUAUUUUAGGAUGUGAAACAUGUACAUUCUACUGAUGUUUGUUACGCUAGUCUUGAUAUAGAUAGUUGUAUUUACAUUCAUGUAACUGUCGGGAAGAUAUGUUUGUUUUCUAACCCUUGAAUACAUGUAUUUGUUAAUCCUGGGGGAUCAAUGUCUCAGCUGUGUAGUAUUGCUUUUGCUGAUAGCUUUCAUAGACUUUAGGUUUAAGCUAUUUUUGCUGUAUGCUUUGUUUGAUAGUAAUAAACCGUCUCCUUGUGUCCAACCCAAUGAUUUUAAUUUAAGUUUGUCAGCAACUUAAGUAUUUGUGCUUUAUGUUUAUCUUAUUUUAUAUAUUAUUUACAUAAUUGCUUGAUCUUGAACAAGAUAGUUUUGUUCAAACACGGUAUCCGUCCUACAGUUUACUUAGUUAUUCAUGUUACAGUAAAAUCAUAUGAGUGAACAUUGUCAGUCAGAUCUGGGAGUUGUAUUGUUAUUGGUCCCAGGUCAGAUCCAUUUUCUAUUUAUUAUGUGAUAUUUUUAAUCCACUUUUAAAUGUUGCUUUAUGACAGAUUCUACAUUGAGAGCCCAUUUACAGACUUAUACUGUCGUAAUAUUCACACAAGAUAUCUAAUAUUUUAAUUUUCUCUCUUAUGUUUACAUGAUACCGUCCUCGCUUUGCAGAUGUUGCAUUUUAUGAUCACUUUUUUUUAUUUUUUAUGGAUGUUAGAGUAUUUUUGAGUAGAUUUAUUUGUAUUUUAAUGUAGCUGUUUAACAUUUCGAGUGAGAAAGAAUAAACAUUCGGAACCACAA